UUGUCGUUGUUCAUGAUGUUUUAAUGUCAUAUAAUGUUCAGGAUGUUACUUCUUUGCAUAAUGCUGAGUCUUAUAAAUUUAAAUGUGUUUCUGUUUUCUUUAUGUAUUCUAGUUUUAUAUGUGUACCUAAUGGAAUGCCUAUUCCACUUGAUGAAGAUUUACUUAAAAAGUUACCUAUACUUGAACCUGAUGCACCAGAAGAGAUCAACAAGUUAGUUGAGUUUCAACUUCAGUAUAGAGAUAUAAGAGCUGUUGAUUUAUACAAUUCAAACAAAAUACUUGAAGGUAUUGUUAUGAUUUGUCCUUAUUUUCUAUCAUAUUUGGUUAAUCCUUUCUUGGCUAUAAUGGAAAAAUUUGCAAGUACACAAAACAAAAAGCAAUGGGAAAUUAGACCGAUUCUGCCUGCUAAAGUAGAUCAUGUAUCAUAUAAGAGAAACAAAUGUUCAGAUUGGCUUGAUAACCAACCUCCAAGAUUAGUUCUUUAUGUAUUUUUUGGAUCAUCAACUACAUUUUCUGAUAAAGAAGUGAUGGAGCUCAUGAUGGGACUAGAGCGUAGCAAACAGAAGUUCGUAUGGGUGUUUAGAGAUGGUGAAAGAGGUAAUAUUUUUAGUGAGGAAGCUAGAAGAUUUGAGUUGCCAGAUGGGUUUGAAGAAAGAAUAGAAGGUUUCAGGUUAGUGGUCAGAGAAUGGGCGCCACAACUUGAAAUCUUGGCUCAUUCUUCCACAGGGGGGUUCAUGAGUCAUUGCGGAUGGAAUUCUUGCAUAGAGUGUAUUACUGCGGGGGUACCAAUGGCUGCUUGGGCUAUGCAUUCUGAACAGCCACCUAAUGCUUUCUUUGUGACAGAAAUCUUGAAAACAGGCCUUCUCGUUAGGGAGUGGAAGAAACACGAGGAACUUGUCACUGCAUCCGCCAUUGAGAAUGUUACGAGGAAGUUAAUGGCAUCAGAAGAAGGCGACAAGAUUAGGAAAAGAGCAGAAGAAUUGGGAGCAUCAGUAAGGGAGUCCAGAGAAAGGAGGUGCUUCUCAACUGGAGUUAUAUUCUUUCAUUGCUCAUAUUACUAG